AUGACUGUUACUGUGACGUCAUCGGUUCUUUAGCCGAAAGGGAGCUAGCUGCUACCUGUAACCAAUUUGUGGGUGACUGAGUUCAAGUUUGGGAUCGUACACAGAACAGAAGAAAUGGCGUCCGGAACAGGAUUAAUUUAUGAUCAAGAGAUGAUGAACUAUAAAUUGCUUUGGGAUGACCCAGAAUGUGCUAUUGAGGUUCCUGAGCGUUUAUCUGCAUCUUAUGAAAGGCUUCUGCAUUAUGAUUUGGUGAAAAGAUGUGUCCAGUUACCCAUCAGAGAGGCAUCUGAGGAAGAGAUCACCUUAGUUCACAGCAAUGACUACCUGGAAGUGGUAAAAAGCACCCAGACUAUGAAUGAAGAGGAACUUAAAAAGACAUCACAGAAAUAUAUUGCUGCAUAUUUUCAUCAGAACUCGUAUCGCUGUGCCAAACUGUCCCUCGGUGGCACUCUUCGGCUGGUUGACGCGGUGAUGUCAGGAGAGGUGCGCAAUGGGAUGGCACUUAUAAGACCUCCAGGACAUCACAGUCAGCGCGCUGAAAGCAACGGAUUCUGCAUUUUCAAUAACGUUGCAGUAGCUGCAGAAUAUGCCAAAAAGAGAUACAAUCUUCAGAGAAUUCUGAUUGUUGACUGGGAUGUGCAUCAUGGACAAGGAAUUCAGUUUAUCUUUGAGGAUGAUCCAAGUGUCCUUUAUUUUUCCUGGCAUCGUUAUGAACAUAAAACAUUUUGGCCAAAUCUCCGUGAAUCAGAUUAUGAUGCAGUUGGCACAGGCAAAGGAACUGGCUUCACCAUAAACUUGCCGUGGAACAAGACAGGCAUGAGAAACGCAGAUUAUGUUGCGGCUUUUUUCCAUGUACUACUUCCUUUGGCGUUUGAGUUUGAUCCUGAACUGGUUCUGGUGUCGUCGGGAUAUGAUUCUGGUGUUGGUGAUCCAGAGGGACGCAUGUGCGCUACUCCUGAGUGCUUCUCCCAUCUCACACAUCUGCUCAUGCACCUUGCCAGUGGAAAACUGUGUGUUGUCCUAGAGGGUGGAUAUCAUCUGAGGUCACUGGCAGAAUCUGUCGCCAUGACUGUGAGAACAUUACUUGGUGACCAACUACCCAUCCUAUCAGGAGAAAUGGUUCCAUGCCACAGUGCCCUGGAAUCAAUGCAGAAUGUAAGAGCUGCACAAACACCAUACUGGAAAUGUUUAUCACAUGAAGGAACUAAGCCAGUAUCAGAUCCAAGUACUAUGCAUCAGCCCACAGAUGACCAUGCAGGUGCACAGCAGGAAUUCCUGGAUGCAGCUGCUGUUAAUGACUUCCUGGAAACUCACAUGAAGCAAAUUCUGCAUCCUUCACCACCUGUUAGAACUGCUGCUGUGGUAUCUGAGGCGCAUGCGCUUGUUCUUCCUGAAAGCAUGCAAGUGGAGAAGCGUGCAGCUGCACAGGAAGAAAUACAUCACUACAGCAGCUGUUUUCAUAGUGAGCUUUUUCAAGAUGAAAACUUCAUAUGUUCUCUGGGCAAAAUGUUAACCCUUCUCAAGGAACUUGUGAACAAGCAGAUCGCUAAUGGCAUUAUGUUAUCUUCGGAUGCCUCUCUUUCUGCUGCUAUUGCCUUACAACAUGUUAGAAGUUUGGGAUUACCCCGGGUGCUGUACAUUGCUGUUGGCAAUCUAGAUACUAAACCAGUUGUGGAUAAUGAUGGGAAAACACUCUUGUUAGACAUCUGCAGUGACUUACCUGCUGGAUAUACCAACUCUAAAUAUCAGGUUUCUCUUAAAUGGAAUGAAGGUCCUGGUGAAAGUAGCAGCUUUGUUUAUGUGUUGCUGAGGUUUAUUCUUCCAUUGGCAUACAGCUACCAGCCACAUUUUAUAAUCGUAGCUGCAGGACGUAACAGGACUAUUGGCAUGAAGGAUAUGUGUCUUCUCACCAGCAUGCUGCAGGGACUAGCCCAGGGGAGAGUUGUUGUGAUUCUUUCGGAAAUGGAGACAAAACUGGCAGAAGCUGUGGUCAGCUGUUUAGCAGGAUGUUCUACUGCAAAAGAAUUUGGGCCUUACAGAUCCCCUAGCCAGGAAAGUGUGUGCUACCUACUAGAAGAAAUUAACAGUCUUCAAAAGGAAUGGAACAUGCUUCAGGCUUGUGUUGACUAAAAGACCGACAUUUCAAAUAAUGGAGAUGCUAUUUUUUCAUGAUUUUAAACUGGAUCGCCAUUCAAUAAGAAGCUACAUCAACUGAAGUCAGCUUAACAAGAUACUUAUUACCAUGGUUUCCCAACUCCACUAAAGUCAAAUCAAAUAGAGUUCUCUCCCAAACAUCAAUAUGUCAUAACAACAUGCCAGGAAAGGCUUGUAGGAUUCAACGUUUGGAGGCUAGAGGAACACCUGAAUGAAGGGGGGAACCUGCAAGCUCUUGUUUUGGAGGGGGGCAUAAGAGUUUACAUUCCAAAUAAGUUGAUUUGAUAUUUGAUAUGUAAACAAAAAUUUAAAGUGUCAGUAAUUUUCCUAUUUACUAUAAAAUAGUACUUUUAUAAUAAAGAAAAUCUAAUUUGUAA